GUAUUGUCAACACCAUAGGGGGCUUAACGACCGAGGUAAAUGUAAUCGUAUCGGCCAGUCGUCGGAAUGGCCAUGCUUCAUUAAAACACAGAGUCUUGCCAUGUCGACUUACUUCCAAAUCAAAACCUUCCUCCAUCUUACAUCCCAAUCACCAACUCUCAGAGCCGCCUGGCUGUUCCAGUCCAGUCCUCAUCAUGCCCGUCAAGUUUGCCAUCAGCUCUAGCGCUCUGUCACUAGCGCUUUUGCUCUUUGGUCAUGGCAAUCCGUGCCUCGCCGCGACAACAGUUGACAAUUCUUAUAUUUACUUGGACAAUGCGGAAUAUCUUGUCGAAUCCUCCAAUCUCAUCAAGAUGUCCUGGUCCGCAUUGGAGGCCGCCUUUGCCAGCCCCAACCGCUCGGACAUUGCCACUUUCACCGGUCUGGACUGGACAAAGCCGUAUCCCGGGACUCCAGUAUCAGGCUUCACUGCCCAUCUGCGGAUAGCGGACGAGGUGCGUUUCCCGCCCGCCGUGACGGAAGAGAAUGUUGUCACCAACGUGGCAGCUCUCAAUUUCGGCAUUCCGCCCUCCAUGAGGAAGGCAAAUGGCCUCCCCAAAAGCAUGCAUUCCUCGUGGUACAUCUGUCAACACUACUACAUCAGCACCCUGCCUGACCCGACGUCGGAUAUCGCGCACGAUUGUUCCUUUCUGCCCAGCCAAUGCCAGAAAGACCUGAAAGCCAGCUUGACUAAGAACUGGGGAGCAUUCGAGAGCGAGCAGGGUGGCAUGUGCGGCACAUGGGCCUUUGACUUCAUCACGGAAAGCUGCCAAGGCACGCUGGGAAGGCUCACAUCAGAUGUACUGGGUUGUCCUGCGUCCAUUACCGAGGAUGAUGGCUCUGCUAGAGAUUUCGCAGUUGAUGAAGUGGGACCCUAUGCGUGGAUGGUUGGCACCAAUUACAACGACCCGGGCAAUCAAACAUCGUAUUAUGCUGCAUCCAACAGGACCUACAUUUUUGCUACUGUUUUUGGGUACAACUCUGGAUACACUGGUUCGGUCCAGCCGGUGGUCGAACUUGCUUGUCUUCGACCCCAGUGGACCGCACCACCAGAACCGCCAAAAUCGACCCAGACCACUUCUUCUUCUUCUUCUUCUUUGUCGUCAUCUUCUACUUCUUUUACCUCAACGGCGUCAGGCUCAUCUUCAAAGACCUCAAUGGCCUCGUCCGCCUCCGCUAUCUCUGGGUCUAGUACGGCAAUGUCUUCAACUGCUCUGGCCUCAUCGUCGUCACUGACUUCAAGCAAGACUACUACUUCCACUGCACAUGCAUUGCCCUCCUCCACUAUGCACUGCAUAGGUGGUACCACGGCUGAAGGGGUCUCGGGCAAUCUCAUAGGACUUUGUUCCUACAGCUGUGAUUACGACCACUGCCUCGACUCUGCUUGUAUCUGCACCCAGUCCGCGGCGGCGGCAGUCGCGGCACCAACCCAAUUGGCAGGCAAGCAUGGGUGCCCGGCAGACAACCAGAGCCCUUCCAACUCGGACUAUUCGUAUUAUGUGGAUAUGUGUGAGUUCAUUUGCAGUCGGGCAGUUGUGAAGCUUUGCGAGACCUCUGAGGACAAACGCUAUGCCAGGGCACGCAAUGCCCGACUUAUCAUGAGCAAUGAGGUCCCGGAUAUGCCGACGGAUGAUGUUAAACCCUACUGUUUCUGGCACCCCGACACGGCCAAUGAAGAGACAUACCGACUUUUGGCAACGCGCUAUCCCGACAUGGCGUAUCCUGUCGGUCGAGCAUGUGCUGUGGCAGGAUACGAUGGACUGUAUCAUGAGCUUGACAUCCUUCCCGAGGUCUCCAUCGCCGAAGAAGCUAGAGAAAGCUCGGCGGCAAACGCGGGAUCUAAGGCCAUCUUUGAUCACAUCAUGAAACAGCCAGUUUGCUACGCCGUUUUGGACGAUUACACCAGGUCUGUCCACCACCAGAACCCACGGUCACCGGCCUUUAUGAACGGAGAUACCGCCGUCCGAUCAACACUGGAUGUGACAGUCACACCGAGGGAUGUUCCAGACUGGUGUGAUACCCGCCACUUUUUCGACAUCGCCGAGGAUUACCACGUUGCCGAGGUUACGACACACAGAUCGUUCUUCGCAUCACAGGGAACACUGCCUCCAGAGCACGUUGAACUGCUCUACUCACCUCUCCCCUCGCAUCUGCCCACCAUCAUCAAGGAUCCGUUGAUCGUGAUGGCGGCCUAUGAGGGGAACCUAGACCGCUAUAUUCGCUUGCGUCGGCCCCAUAUGGUCGAGCAAGAGCAUGGGGCCGUCCUUCGUGGCAUAUACCAUAACACUACAUUUGCCAAGUGGUGGUCACUCCAAGGGGAUAAGUGCGAGUUCGAUAUCCGAGCGGCCACUCUCGCACGCUUCAUCAUGGUCAAUGACUUGUCGCACAUCACCGAAACAGAUCCACAUCCAGAAGAUGACUCUGACGAGAUUCCCGGAAUGAUAUGGUGGCCCCUUAUUCCUGCCGAGGAAACACUGAAAGCCCUCGCCAAACGUCGUCCGGAUAUGCACCUUCAGGUAGCCAUGGCUUGCAUUGCCGGCAACUACAAGGAGUUGUGGGACAAGUUGGCCCCUAAGCCAUCCAGACAGCUGUAUGAACAGGCUUCGCUAUGUCACGAUGCUAGCGUUCGCAACCACUUUGUCGACUAUCUCGAGCGUCGCGCUUCUGAGCUAGGGUUAAAUGUCAAGGCCCUUAAGGAGGUGAACAAAGUUCUUGCUCACGACUGGUGCUGGAAUGCGGCGAGACUUGAUAAGGAGCCCACUAGCUGCUGGUUGCCCAAAGAGAUCAGCAUAGUGGGUGAAACCGGCUAUCCUGACACGGACAAUGUCUACGGAAGUCCCGACCAGACCAACUUGGCCGGCGAUUAUCACUCCAACUGGGAACUCCACAUCUGUUCAUCCGAGGAAAUGCGGGCCAAAAUACCGGCAUCGGAGUCUGGCAUUUACCUCUAUGAUAAUGAUGAUGAAUAG